GAAGGACAGAGAGAGAGAGAGACAAAGUAGUAUAGAUUAUUAGGACACGGUUGUACACUUUUUCAUGUGUCUUCUUCUCUCUUUUUCUUAUUCUUAUUCAUCAUCAUCACCGUCUGAUCUUCUUUAUUAACCCUACUCUCUUUCUCUUCUCCCAUCCUCUCUCUCAAUAUCUCUGACUCUUGGGAUCCGAUCUCUUUCCGGUGGCUAUACAUCCCGAUGAUAACUGUCAAAUCUUUUCCAUAUGCAUAACAUCUCCUUUUAGGGUUCUAUCUAUCUCUUUCUUUAGUUCUGAUCGUACUUUAUAGUGCAUAUCGUGAAGUAUUCGAUCUUUCCAAGUACAAGGGAAAGAUUCAAUAGAACCUAGCUAGUCACAUACAAUAACUCAAUUCCGGAGCUUUUUGAAGGGGUUGAGUUGAAUCAGCCUGUUUUUGAGUUUUUUUUUUUGAGGCUAAUCUCGGAAAAACAAAGAAUAAAGAAUGAAUUCGUUUUCACAAGUACCUCCUGGCUUCAGAUUUCAUCCUACUGAUGAAGAACUUGUAGACUACUACUUGAGGAAAAAAGUUGCAUCAAAGAGAAUAGAAAUCGAUAUCAUCAAGGAUGUUGAUCUUUACAAGAUUGAGCCAUGUGAUCUUCAAGAGUUAUGCAAGAUAGGAAACGAAGAGCAGAGCGAAUGGUACUUCUUUAGUCAUAAAGACAAGAAGUAUCCCACGGGAACUCGAACCAAUAGAGCCACGAAAGCAGGAUUUUGGAAAGCCACUGGAAGAGACAAGGCUAUAUAUAUAAGACAUAGUCUUAUCGGUAUGAGGAAAACACUUGUGUUUUACAAAGGAAGAGCCCCAAAUGGUCAGAAAUCCGAUUGGAUCAUGCACGAAUAUCGCUUAGAAACAAGUGAAAAUGGAACCCCUCAGGAAGAAGGAUGGGUAGUAUGUAGGGUAUUCAAGAAGAAAUUGGCAGCGACAGUGAGGAAAAUGGGAGAUUACCAUUCAUCACCAUCGCAGCAUUGGUACGAUGAUCAGCUCUCUUUUAUGGCCUCCGAGAUCAUUUCUAGUUCUCCACGACAGUUUCUUCCCAAUCAUCAUUAUAACCGCCACCAUCACCAGCAGACAUUGCCUUGUGGCCUCAAUGCAUUCAACAACAACAAUCCUAACUUGCAAUGCAAGCAAGAGCUCGAGUUACAUUACAAUCAAAUGGUACAACAUCAACAACAAAACCAUCAUCUUCGUGAAUCUAUGUUUCUCCAGCUUCCUCAGCUCGAAAGCCCUACCAGUAAUUGCAAUUCUGACAACAACAAUAACACAAGAAAUAUUAGUAACUUGCAGAAAUCAUCAAAUAUAUCUCAUGAGGAACAAUUGCAACAAGGGAAUCAAAGUUUCAGCUCUCUGUAUUACGAUCAAGGAGUAGAGCAAAUGACUACUGACUGGAGAGUUCUCGAUAAAUUUGUUGCUUCACAGCUUAGCAAUGAUGAAGAGGCUGCAGCCGUGGUUUCUUCUUCUUCUCAUCAAAACAACGUCAAGAUUGACACGAGAAACACGGGUUAUCAUGUGAUAGAUGAGGGAAUAAAUUUGCCGGAGAAUGAUUCUGAAAGGGUUGUUGAAAUGGGAGAAGAGUAUUCAAAUGCUCAUGCUGCUUCUACUUCUUCAAGUUGUCAGAUUGAUCUCUAGAAAUAGUGAUAGAGAGAUGAAAAAGAUGCAAGGUGAAUAUAUAUGAAAAUACAUGCACACUAGUGUUAUUUAUACUUAAAGAUGGAAGGGGAAAAACAAGGAGUUAUUUCCUGGAUUUAUGGAGGUUUUGUACAUAAUAAAAACCUACAACCAUAUGGUAUUUUCUUUUGAUUAUUCUUGUUACAUUAUGGAACUAUAUGUUAUACGCACGCAUGUAUGUGUGUAUGUGUGUAUGUAUGUAUGUAUGGAUGUAUGUAUGUAUAUG